AUAGAACUGCCAAGUAUGAGCUUCUUUGUGAGAGGUCCAUCCUCAAAUGACAAGGCCGAAGCAAAAGCAGGAGGCAUCCCCAAGGUGUCUGGGCUAGAGCGCAGUCAGGAACUGAACACUGACGUGCCCUUUGUGCUGCCACUCCACAGCCCACCGGCAUCCACUACCAUCGUGACUUCCAACUCCUCUGCACCCACAUCAAGUGCUUGGGCAAGCCCUUUAUUGAAAAAAGAGCCACUGAUCUCAGCACCAGCACCUCCAAGACUCACCCCUCAGCCGCAGUCUCAGCCUCACUCACAGCCUCAGCUGUUGCCCGAGCUUCGGACGCAGCCUCCAAGCCACAACUUUCCUUCUCUCAGUUACCAAGUGCACCACCAGGUGGCCCACAACGGACUCAAUAAUAUCAGCAGAAGCAGCAGUGCCAGUAGCACAACAAGCAUUAGCCUCCCAAGACACCUCCCCCUCCCACCUCAGAUCCCUCCCCAUCAUCCCUCUGGUCCAGCUUUACCCCUCUCCAUCUCUAACCUUGCUGCCUCGCAUUUCCCUCUCAGAUCUCAGUCCCAACACCAGCAUCAUCCGGCCAUGUUUGCCACCCCUCCUACGCUGCCACCUCCUCCAGCAAUACCCACCAACAGCCUUGUGAUCCCAGGUCACCCUGCAGACUACUCCCCUUCAUGGCAAACAGGAAGGCAGUCCCUGACUGCACUAGCCCACUCAGUGCACAUCAUCGCACCCGCUUGUGUGCCAGCCCCAACGCAUCGCAGCCAAUACGAGAUGGAAACUAGUUCGGCCUGCCUGCCAUCUUGCAUCCCUGUUACAGUCUCUCUGCAUACCAGCCUGUUGAUAUCAUUCAACCAACCAAUCAUGUAUUGCCAGCCUCAUUCGGGGAUUCUGAUUGGUACUUUGUCACAGGCAUCUCUCUUACCUCCACCAAUGAGUCCUCACGUAGAAAACCACCACAGCAUGACCUGCAGAAACAGGGAAUGCCAGUUCGACAAGUACGGUCCCAAACUUGAUAACCCUUAUUUUCGACAUUCUAACUACUUUCCAAGCUACCCUCCAGCAAUGCCUGGAAUGCCACCUAUGCUUCCACAUUCGGGUCCCUUUGGGUCACUUCAGGGAGCAUUUCAGCCGAAGACUUCAAAUCCAAUUGAUGUAGCAAGUAGGCCUGGUGCAGUACAUCACACUCUUCUUCAGAAGACACCAGGUGUGUCUGACCCCUAUCGGGCUCCCGUACGAGUAAGUAAGAAGCCUGGCAAGUGGUGUGCUGUUCAUGUACAGAUUGCUUGGCAGAUCUACCACCACCAGCAAAAGAUAAAGUACCUCCUGUGGAAUAUGGAGUGUUAUCCUGUUCAGAGUGAAAUGAGCGGUACGGUGAAGGACAUUUUACAAAACAUAGAGCAGCAAAUGCAGCUGGAUCCCCACAAGCUAGAAAUAGGAGGGAAGCUUGACCUAUUCAGCAGACCUCCUGCUCCCAGCGUCUUUCCAGGGUUCCACUACACGCAAGAUCUUGCUCGGCCACUCUUUUCCACCCAAGGUUCUACCCACCCACCCACCACACCUUUUGGACCUUCACCACAUCACAGCAGCUUCCUGCCUACUAGCCACUUGGCAGGUAGGUAUCCAUUUAGCAGGUCAAGCACCUUCAGCGGCCUUGGGAACUUAGGCAGCAAUGCCUUUGGAGGAUUAGGCAGUCAUACUCUGAGUCACAAUAGCAUUUUUGCUCACAAAGAAGGACCCAGUGUCCAAAGCUUCAACAACCCACAUGAGCCAUGGAACAGACUCCACAGGACCCCGCCAUCCUUCCCAACGCCUCCUCAGUGGCCCAAGCCUGGUGACUCUGAGCGGAGCUCCUCCAUGACAAAUCACGACAGAGACCGUGAAUCAGAAAAGCGGGAUCUUUCCAGCAAAGAAGACAGAGACAAGGAGAGAGAUCUUCUGGAUAAAAAUAGACAUUCAACUAGAUCCUCCCCAGCGUCAGCUCCAGUGACUCACCAGAUCAGCAACCUCAUUCGCAGCAACAGCCAAACCUCCAAUGAUCCCACAAGGCAAGUUGGCCUCAGUGACAGAGAAAGGUCUAAAGAGAGUGAGAGAGAGAGGGAGAUUCCUGACCGGCUGAGGGAUCCUCCUCCAGUUGUGGAGCACAAGAUCAAAGAAAGUCGAUCUCCAGUAAAGGAACCACCAAGCCAUGAAAAAAGAUCUACAGAAGAUAACACAAAGCCAGUAAUCCAGUCUGUAUCACCCUACAGCAAACCUGCACUGAGCGAGAAUUUAAAACUCAGUAAUCUAAUGAACAAGGACAUUGAAAGAAAGCCAGAGCUUCCAACAGACCUUCAGAAGAUUAAAAAUGACAUCAAGGUCAAAGAGGAGUGUAAGGAGGAUGGUGAUGUCUUAGUUGUGAGCUCAGAACCUUCACAACAUUCCAGAACUGUUGAGCACCCACCGCCACCUUCUUUGCACGGGUUACCACUGUCCCAUACCAUGGCAGCUACAAUGCCCAUCUCCAUGAGCAGUGUCCACCAGAUGAACAACAUGAAUGUCCUGGAUCGUAGUAGAAUGAUGACCCCUUUAAUGGGCAUGAAUUCAUUGUCUGGAAGGGAGAGACUGCCCCAUCCUGGAUUUUCCUGGGACACAGUGAGGGACCCAUUACGAGAUGCCUAUCGGAGCUUAGACCUCCAUCGUCGAAUGGACUUCCAGCUCAGAACAGAUCCCAUUCAUAGGUUCCCCACCACAUCUGGGUUUUAUGACCAUGAGCGCUCUUACCGGGAUAGAGAACCCCACGACUAUAACCAUGAGAAUCUUCUGGAAGCGCGGCGUGAGCAGGAACGGCUUAGGCAAGCAGAGGAGAGGGAGAGGUUGCACUUACGGGAAGAGCUUGAGCGUGCCAGGAUGCAUCACUUGCACUCGUCUCCUAUUGAAAGCCACCUAGCACAUGUGCCAUCCUUCAUGCCUCAUCUCAGUGGGAUGCAUUAUCCCAGACUCAGUCCCUCUGCUGCCAUGCACAAUGGGAUUUUGAAUAGGAACCCACCCACAGCUGCUCUGAGUGCCCCACCCCCUUUGGUACCAGCAAGUACGACAAGACCUUCCUCCCCCCGUCGGACUACCCCACUGACCAGUGAGUCAAGAGACUAUUCUCCUUCUAGAAACCCCAAAGAAGUAGAGGCGCGAUAGUCCCUGUCCAGCAAACAGAAUGGAUUUCAAAACUCACCUGUAAAUACCAGAGGAAGGUUGUGGCAGAGGGGAGGAAACUUUUAAAAAUGCACUGCUGUAAACUUUUUUUAAACUGUAUAAUUUGUAGAAAUUAAGCACAGUUCCAUAAUAAUUUGGGGUUGAGGGGGGGAGGAAGGUCAUAGGUUGUAAACCUUCCAACCAGAUGGUUGCUGAAAAUUGAAAUUUAAUAUAUAGGUCUUGAUUUUGUUUUGGUUUUGCUUCUGUGCUGAUAUAAAAUAUUACCAAGUUUGUACAUUUUCCCCCAAAUAGGAGAAACAUUUUUAAUGAAUUUGUAUUUUUUUUAACUUUAUGAUCUUUAUUCACACAAAAAAGGUUUUUCUUUUUAGUUUGAAUUUAGUGGCCUCUUAUCCUCAAGUAAAAACAAAACACAUCCAGGGUUUCUUAAAAUAUUAUUUAUGGAAAUACACUAGUUUCGUACAGUCCACUGUGAGGUUCCUGAACUGAGGCCAUUCACUUCACUUGGUAUUUUGGAACUGAAGUUACAGAUAUAUAUUAAAAAUAAUAAUUAUUAUUAUAAUUAUAAUGUACAAAACUGUUGGGGUUUUGCCUUAUAUUAUGGAGAGAUGAGAUUUUUUUUCCCGACUUCUUGUUUUAAACAAAAAAGAAAACAAUAUGUAAAUAUUCUGUUAAUAUAAAUGUACACCAAUAUUGAAUUCUUAACAUAGGUAGACUUUAUAAAAAAUGGUUUCUAGAACCCCUCUCUGGUUAUUUGUUAACAUUAUUCCAACUCAUUCUUGUCACUGUCUGGAUAAACGAUGGCACACUUUAAAAACCCAGCUAAUUGUGGCAUAUAUCCUUCAACUAUGCAAAAGAAUUUGGAGGCAGGUCCUCACUAAUGCGGGAGCAGGGGGCUAGGAAAGAAAUCAUUUACAAAACAAAUCCAGCCCCACAAAAAUUCUGCCCAAAGCAUCCAACAAACAUGCAGCUUUGUAGUAGGGAUGGCAAUAGUUACAUUGAAAGGAACUUUUAUGUUACACACACUCAAAUACCAACUCUACCAUUAUUAUUUUUUUCCAAUUUUGUUUGGAAAAUUGAACACAGUAUUCACAAUCAGGCUAAAAUAAAAGCAGCUACAGAUAGAAGCCAGAUGGGACCGAUCCAGUAGUAUGCCAUAGAUUCCACGUUUUCCCAUUCCCAUCCCUGUGUCUACACUUUUUCUGCUGUGGCAAGACACAUGAACAAACCAGGACUUUUCUCCCUUGUGUUCACUGCACAGUCUUCUUAUUGGAAUUAAUAUAUUAGAGCGUUAAAGAGUGCAAAAACAAAAGUCAAAUGGUUAAUUUAAAAAACUGAUAUGUUUUCUGUAGUCUGCAAUGACCUCUUCAGUUGUUUGCUUUGGUGUGAGUUCAUGCCUUGAAGUUUGUUUUUUGGGCACCACCUUGAUAACAAUGACUUCAGAUAUAUGAGUUUUGUUAUGCCUCAGCCAAAUGGAAUAUGUGCAGAGACUUUUUUUAAAAAGCGACAGUCCUUCAAAAUUAGCUGUUUGGUGGUGAAAGUGGAACCAGGGAUGGGGAACGAGUUUAGGCCUUCUGCUCUUGACCCCCAGAUUGCCAAGAAAUGUAACUUUUUGAAAAGGUCUGUGUGCACAAACCAAAGCUGCUGCAUCCACUAUGUUAGGGAUCCACUUGCAAAAACCACCUUCUCUAUGUGCGGUGCCCCUAGCUUGUUUUUUUUUUCCUGGGGGGCAGGGGCAGGCAACCAUGUUCCCCUGUAUCCUCUCCCACUUUUUUGGCCUACAGUAUUCAUGUUUUAUAUUAUUCUGGGUUUCUGCUUUCCAGUUAACUCAAACACCUGCUGAUAUUUUCUUUCCUUGACUGACUGUAUUUUCCCCGCCAUCCUUUUCUCUGCAUCCCCUGUAAUUUUAAACAUUUGGUUUCUUUGUAGAUCAUUGAAGAUAAAUACAGCAUUGAUUUUGGAUGAAAAAAGGUAGUUAAGUGUUCGUGUGUCAGAUCUAGUCAGAGCUACUGCCGGGAGGGAGAAGGGAGAGUAAAUGGUUAUUGAUAAACGUGCUCAGCCUAUUAACGCUGCUAGACCUUUGGCAAAUUUCGAUCAUUAAAGAGUCGUGCAGUUCA